AGUAUUAAGGGGACAACAAAAGAAUCAACCCACCUUAACAGAAAUCCAAGUGAAAACAACUGUCUGAGACUGAGACAGUGGAUUUCAGAUGAAACCAUCAAACUCCCCUUGCUGUAGUGCAACUCUUCUCUCUUACCAACUCACCUUAUAAAUAUGCAAUAAACUUCACACACUCUUCAUUCAAAGCUACACCAAUUAUAUAUUCAACUGUUUACAGAAAAGACUUCUUUCAUUCAUAGCUUCUGUUCAAUUCAAUUCAAUCUUUGAAGAUGGCCAAUAGAAAUGUUGCUGCUAAUUCUCCUCUUGAAAGGGCUAGCUUGGCUUCUCUAGAUCAAAGGUUGGCCGUGGCCAAGCGCUGUUCUCAUGAGGGUGUGAUGGCAGGAGCUAAGGCAGCUGUUGUUGCUACCAUUGCCACUGCCAUUCCAACUUUUGCUAGUGUUAGGAUGCUACCUUGGGCAAAAGCAAACCUCAAUCACACUGCUCAAGCUCUCAUAAUUUCCACAGUGGCUGGAGCGGCAUAUUUCAUAGUAGCUGACAAGACUGUCUUGGCAACUGCAAGAAAGAACUCCUUCAACCGACCCUCCAAUGCAUGAAGGAACUCCAAUUGCAUAACUUGGUUUGUGGAUUCAGCUGCAUUGCAUUGAGCUAAUCUUAACAUUAGGCCAAUUUCAUGUAGUAAUCAUAGAUGUAUUUAUAAAUAAAGAAGGAUUUGCACUUCAAUAGUGAGAGAGCACACAUGUACCAAUCAAUCUUUGUAAGCUAUAUGAAUGCAAAUGGUUUGCUUUUCUUUCUGCA